AUGAAUUUUAAUAAUAACAAUAACAAUAAUAAUAAUAAUAAUAAUAAUAAUAAUUUAAAUAAUAAUAAUAAUAAUGUUAAUAAUAUAAAUAAUAAUAAUAAAAAACCAUUAACGAAUAGUUUAGCAGGUACACCACCAGCAAAGAAGAUAUUGGUUAUUAAAAAUUUAAAACAGAUACCAAAAACACCAGAUAACUAUGAAGAUUCAUCAUGGAAUAAAUUAAGUUCAGCUAUUACAUCAAUCAAUAUGAAGCAAGCAACAACAUUAACACAAGAGGAAUUAUAUAAAAUGGUAGAAAACUUAUGUUUUGAUAAAAUAUUAGCAUCGAACCUAUAUAAUAAAAUAUCGGUACAAAUUGAAAAACAUAUAACUCUUACUAUAAAACAUUUAGUUUUAACAAUGUCAUCUGACCCAAUCAUUUUCUUAAAAUCUAUAAAUUCAAUUUGGAAAGAUCAUACAAAUCAAAUGAUAAUGAUUAGGAGUAUAUUUUUAUAUUUAGAUAGAACUUAUGUUAUUCAAAAUUCAAAUACGGUUAAAUCAAUUUGGGAUUUAGGUUUAUUUUAUUUUGGUAAUAAUUUAUCACAACAAUCAAAUUUAGAAAGAAAAACAAUCGAUUCAUUAUUAUAUUCAAUUAGAUGUGAAAGAGAAGGUGAUGAAAUUGAUAGAGAUUUAAUACAUAGUUUAGUUAAAAUGUUAUCAUCAUUAAAUAUUUAUACAAAAUUUGAAAUUGAAUUUAUUAAAGAAACAAAUAGAUUUUAUGAUAUGGAAGGUAAUAGUAAGAUUAAUGAAAUUGAAACACCAAUGUAUUUAAAGUAUGUUUGUGAAAGAUUAAAUCAAGAAGGUGAGAGAUUAAUGAGAUAUUUAGAGCAAUCGACAAAGAAGCAAUUGAUGGCAGUGUUGGAUAGACAAUUGAUAGAGAGACAUGUGGAUGUUAUCUUGGAGAAAGGUUUCAAUGCAAUGGUGAAUGGCGAUAGGUUAGAGGAUUUAGGUAAACUCUAUCAACUAUUGAAUAGCGUUGGUGAAAUUAAAAAGAUUAAAGAGUCAUGGCAAAGUUAUAUCAAGCAAACUGGUAUUCAAAUGUUGAAUGAUAAAGAGAAAGAGGCAACGUUAAUUCAAGAUCUUUUAGACUACAAGGACAGAUUGGAUAGAAUAUUGAGUCAAUCAUUCUCAAAGAACGAAUUGUUGACCUACGCAUUGAAAGAGUCAUUCGAAUACUUUAUCAAUACCAAGCAAAACAAACCCGCCGAAUUAGUCGCAAGAUUCAUAGAUUCAAAGCUAAAAGUUGGUGGAAAGAGAAUGUCUGAAGAGGAAUUAGAGACCGUGUUGAACAAGUCGUUGAUCCUCUUCCGUUAUAUUCAAGGCAAGGAUGUGUUUGAAGCAUUCUAUAAACAAGAUCUAUCAAAACGUUUACUCUUGGAUAAAUCAACCUCGAUCGAUGCUGAGAAAUCAAUGAUUUCCAAAUUAAAGACUGAAUGUGGUACGACGUUCACUGCAAAGUUGGAGGAGAUGUUUAAAGACAUCGAGUUAAGUAAUGAUAUUAUGAAUUCAUUUAGAGACUCUCCAAUGACUCAGAACUUCAAAUCCAUAGAGAUGAAUAUCUAUGUGUUGACCAGUGGAAAUUGGCCAAUACAACCUCCAAUCGAAGCUACACUACCAAAAGAGUUUUUAGAGUAUCAAGAAGUGUUUAACAAAUUCUAUCUAUCAAAACAUAAUGGUAAAACUUUGAAAUGGCAAAAUGCUCUCUCUUAUUGUGUUUUAAAAGCAAACUUUAUUCAAGGUAAAAAAGAAUUAUCUGUAUCACUCUUUCAAACUAUUAUUCUCUACCUCUUUAAUGAUGUUAUUGAUGGUGGUGAACUCUCUUUUAGAGAUAUUCAAGCAAAUACUGGUUUAGCUAUACCUGAAUUAAAAAAGAAUUUACUAUCUUUAUGUUCUUCAAAAUCUGAUAUUUUAAUUCAAAAGAAAUCUUCUACUAGUAGUAAUACUAGUAGUAAUACAAGUAGUAAUACAAGUAGUAGUGCUAGUGGUAGUGCUAGUGGUGGUGCUAGUGGUGGUGCAACAAAAACAAAAGUAAUCGAUGAAACUGAUACCUUUUUAUUCAAUUCAAAGUUUAGUAGUAAACUAUUCAAAAUCAAGGUUAACUCUAUUCAAAUUCAAGAAACUGUUGAAGAAAAUCAAAAAACCAAUGAAAAUAUCAUUAGUGAUCGUCAAUAUCAAGUUGAUGCUGCCAUUGUAAGAAUUAUGAAAACCAGAAAAACUUUAGCCCAUAAUUUGUUAAUCUCUGAAUUAGUAUCACUUUUGAAAUUCCAACCAAAACCUGUGGAUCUUAAAAAGAGAAUAGAAAUUUUAAUUGAAAAAGAAUAUUUAUGUAGAGACCCUGAAAAUGCAAUGAUAUAUAAUUACAUGGCUUAA